AUGCCGGACCUCCAGUCGGCGCGGCUGCUCGACUUUAUCCGCACCAUGCCCGUCGACCAGGCCGGCAUUGACUUCUUCUCCACCAUCCCGCACACCAAGGCCUACCUCGAGCCCGCGCGGGACCUGCUGCCGGUGCCCUUCUACAGCCGCGCGCCCAAGGUCGACGGCGCCGACACCUUUUUCGGCGAGACGAUCAACUCGCGCGACACCAUCCCGCACGCGCUCCUGCUGCUGCGCGGCGACAUUGCCCGCCUCGCGUACAGCUUUGACGACCGCGGGUGCCGCCCGGACACGGUCGCGCUCGUCCAGCUCGGCACCAAGCUCAACGGCUACCGCGACACCACGCACGGCGGCCUCUUGGCCGCCCUGCUUGACGAGGUCGUCGGCUUCAACGUCGACGGCCUGUGCAGCUGCGUCGAGGCGCAAGAGGCCCCCGCCGCCGGGCCGUCCCGCAACCGCCUGUACACGGCGUACCUAAACACCUCGUACAAGCGGCCCGUGUCGCCGGGCGUCUACGCGGUGGAGUCGCGCCUGGUCCGGCGCGACGACAGGAAGUGGUUUCUGCAGGGCCGCAUUGUCGGCGCCGAGGGCGCCGUGUACACGGAAGCGGAAGUGUUGUAUAUCCAAUCAAGAGAUAGCGUACUAUAG